UCGCCACAACAGUGGAACCGAAGGGAAAAUAAGAAGACCAAGUCCGAAAGAGAGAGAGAGCGAGAGAGAGAGAGAGGCGAGGGUGAUGGAGGAAGACGAGGGGAGCAGCAAGGUGGAGACGGCGAAGGCGGAGAGAUCGGUGUGGCUGAUGAAGUGCCCGGUGGUGGUGGCCAAGUCGUGGCAAGCUCACCCUCCCUCCGACCCUCUCGCCAAGGUCGUUCUCUCUCUCGAUCCUCUUCGACCCCCGGAAGACCCUUCUUCCCUCCAGUUCACUAUGGAGAUGGCGAGCACCGAGCCUGGGAAUAUUCCAAAAAGUUAUUCUUUGAAUAUGUCUAAAGAUAUUGUCCCAAUGUCUGUGUUCUCAGAAACAAGUCACGGCAAGGUCGCAGUGGAAGGGAAAGUGGAACAUAAAUUUGACAUGAAACCGAAUAGUGAUAGCAUUGAGGAGUACGGAAAGUUAUGCCGUGAAAGGACAAAUAAGUCCAUGAUAAGAAAUCGGCAAAUACAGGUGAUUAACAAUGAUCGUGGAGCACACAUGAGGCCUUUGCCUGGUAUCAUAGGGUUGGUCUCAUCCGCAUCCAAGGAUAAGAAGAAAACGCAACCAGUGAAGCAGUCAGACAUGAAAAGAACCCGAAGAGAUAGAGGGGAGUUGGAGGAUAUAAUGUUCAAGCUGUUUGAAAGGCAACCCAAUUGGGCACUAAAGCAACUUGUGCAGGAGACUGAUCAACCUGCGCAAUUCUUGAAAGAGAUACUGAAUGAGCUUUGUGUUUACAACAAAAGGGGAGCGAACCAGGGUACAUAUGAGCUUAAGCCAGAAUAUAAGAAAUCCGUUGAAGAUACAGGUGCGGAAUAAGCCAUUUGAUCUUGUUGUACAAUCGCCGGGGGAGAGUAAAAAAACAUGAGGUGAUUUCAAGAGGAUGGGUGCUGUCAAUGAAUGCGAACUAUAGUAAACUGCCCUUGAGCAUAUUCAAGCAUGUGUAUGAUGGCACCCCUUUUUCUUUUUCCUGACUUCAUUUGUGAUACAGGACCAUGACAGCCAUUAGAGGCAUGUAAAGAUGCUGUUGUAAUCCCAGCAUCACUGAGAUACCAGGUCAUGCAUUUUUCCGUUGGCCUUGUUGAGAAUGUAGCGCUAAGAGCAUCGUUACGCA